CUCUAUCAUUCCUCUCUCCCUCUCACACCUCUCCCUCUUAACCCCUUUACUGCAGCCUGCAAUAUUAACUAAUAUAUCUGUUAUUAGCCUGCCACCAAAAGGCUUUUCCCUCUUCAGCCAAUAAUCUGUGCUAAUGUAUAUUCUGAUGUCCUGUGUCUUAAGCUGACGAUAUAUUGUCCUCAUAUACUCGGUGCUCCGUCCUGAUUGGCCCACUUGUUGUUGAUGCGGGGCAUCAAGUCUCCUGCAAUGCUGCCUCUUAUCAUUUACAGCCUUCCCUAACACAAUGCCCCAAACUGAUUACCUUCCAGCCACACAAUAAGAUUUAGUGCAAUGAAACCCCUGAUGUAAAAUAGGUGGGAAGGGACAUUUUAACUGCCGUGACAGUAAUUUAGAGAGUGUUUAUAACAGCCCUGCCCAGGAAAAGAAGGAGGAGGAACCUUUAUUUUUUAUUUUAACUCUCGUCUUGUCUCCAUGUGUAUUUAUAACAGUUUCACUGAAAGACAUAUGGAGAUUUUGAUUAAGCCCAGGAAAACCCUUAAAAAACCCUAAACCCUGAAAUUAAGCCCACAAUUUAAAUAAAAAUGUCAAAUGGACAAAUAAAUUAACAUAUUAACUGGACAGAAAAAUAUAUGAGAUGUCAUUGUGUAGCAGCGGUUAAUUUGUUCACUAUCUGUGGAAGACUUCAAGGAAGUUAUCAGCGUUUCAUUUCGCUUUGUGUCUUUAUGGACUAUAUCUGCUGUGGUGGUGGUGAUGUUACUUUGCUAUUGAUUAGAUUAGGAAUCCUGGAAAGGACACGCGUGCGCACACAAACACACUCGCACACGCACGAACAAACCUCAAAUGUCCGUGUCUCUAAGGGCCAACACAGUCACACAAGGAUCAAAACUUCCACCGAAAGCUGAUGAAAUCUAUCUCAUGGUUAAAAAAAAAAGAAAAGAAAAAAGAAGUAAAAACCAGAGGGGUGGGAGAAUGGAAAUAUCUCAUCCUCCCCUAUCUACUCAUCCCUGUGAUAAGUGUGAGGGAGAAGGACAGAUAAGUAAAAUGCAAUAAGGUGAGAAGUCUUAGCCCUGGCUCCUCCCCCUCUCCUUGUUCUUGGCCCAAUCAGGUAGGAUUAUGGAUCUUUUAUGCCAGGGAUCUCCCCUUGUCAUGUCUGAAAGAAUCAGAUGAAACAGAGAAGAGAAGAGAAGAGAAGAGAAGAGAAGAGAAGAGAAGAGAAGAGAAGAGAAGAGAAGAGAAGAGAAGAGAAGAGAAGAGAAGAGAAGAGAAGAAGAGGAAUGAAGUAUCCUGCUCAUCAGAGUAAAUCCCUGUUAGAUAUGGAAGUAGCCAACUACUGUGAAGGCUUGGAUCCCUCAUACAGCACGCUGGGCUUUGAGAAUGCAGAGGUUCUCUAUGGAGGAGGAGACAGCAUGCCGACAGAGCCGAGCCUACCUGGUUCAGACGGGGUGAGCAGCAACUGUGCGAUCUGCGGAGACAAAGCGACAGGGAAACACUACGGGGCCUCCAGCUGCGAUGGCUGCAAAGGCUUCUUCAGGCGCUCCAUACGCAAGAACCACGUCUACACCUGCAGGUUCAGCAGACAAUGCAUCGUGGAUAAAGAUAAGAGGAACCAGUGUCGUUUCUGCAGACUCAACAAAUGCUUCAGAGCUGGCAUGAAAAAGGAAGCUGUGCAGAACGAGAGAGAUCGGAUCAGCUCCCGAAGAAGCAUCCCCGACUCCCAAGACCUGCCGCCCAUUACCAUCCUGGCCCAAGCAGAAUCACUGUCCCAACAGAUCACUACCCCGGUUGGAAUAUCGGAUAUAUCGGAGCAGAAGUCGGCCACUGUCGGGGACGUGUGCGAUUCCAUGAGACAGCAGCUACUCGUGUUGGUGGAAUGGGCUAAAUAUAUCCCUGCAUUUGGAGAACUGCCUCUGGACGACCAGGUGAGCUUACUCAGGGCUCAUGCAGGCGAACACCUCUUGCUCGGGGUUGCUAAACGGUCAAUGCCGUUCAAGGACUUCCUGCUUUUAGGUAAUGGCUGCACGAUCCACAGGAACAGCCCCGAGCCAGAGAUAAGUAGGGUGGCCAACAGAGUGCUGGAUGAGCUGGUCCGGCCCUUCCAGGACAUCCAGAUAGAUGACAAUGAGUACGCAGCUCUCAAGGCUAUCGUCUUCUUUGACCCAGAUGCCAAGUCUUUGCGGGACCCUUCGAAAAUUAAGGCCAUGCGUCUGCAGGUUCAGAUGAGUCUAGAAGACUACAUUAACGACCGCCAGUACGACUCCAGGGGUCGUUUUGGAGAGCUGUUACUCCUGCUGCCCACCCUGCAGAGCAUCACCUGGCAGAUGAUCGAACAGCUCCAGUUCAUUAAGCUGUGCGGCCUGGCCAAGAUAGACAACUUGCUGCACGAGAUGCUGCUGGGAGGGCUAACAGCUGAGCCCUCACACCUGCACCACUCGGCCCACACCCAGCUAGCCCAGGACCCCGUGACCGGGCACACACUGGUCAUCAGCACCAUGCCUGUCAAUCACACUCCACAAAUAGCCUCGCCAGACACUCCAAUCCCAUCGCCGCCACAGGCUCCUGCCCAAGAGAUGUACAAACACUUUCCCCAGCCUCACUGUCCUCCAGCCAGUCCCUCACCUUCCACACAGACAGAUCCCUGACUCCGUCCUGCGCUGUGUCAAAGAAUCGGACACGGGCUCAGUUUUCAUCCCAGUCAUGGUAUAAUACUUGAGAAAGCUCUGUUUAGUGUUUUUGGUUACCCUGCUUCAUCCCUCUUGCAACGUCUGAUGUUGCUGCAACAAUAACCACGGCUUAAUAAGAGAAGUUUGUGUGACAUUUCCUACAGGUGCCAAGCUUUUCCUCCCCCCCCCCCCCCUGUUUGCCCCUGUUUAGUUAUUUCUUGGCAAUUCACAGUAGCAGCGGCUCCGGGCACGAUGCUUAUCGGUUCGUGCGGUGGGCCAUAUUACCUGUAGUCAGCGCUAGGCUGCGGGAAUGAUUGGGUGUUUCAGCUCCAGAUAUGAAAGAGGCGUUGUCUGUCAUUUGAAAGGAUGCCACAGCAGCAGCGUUAUUAAUUAUUUAAAUCUUCCAACCUGGCAGCAGGAUCGGUCAUCUAAAGGCCAUAUUUUGUGUUUUUCCUAAGCACCAUAUAGAAGAUUAAUUCUCACAGGUUCACAUCUGGAUUGAUGUGACUGUAGCCAGGAUGAGUUCUGAGCUCCUUCAAAUUUGUGUAUUUUUACUAGAAAUUAAAUCCAAAGUCUGACUCUAUUGUACAUCAAUUAUAUUGUAUUACUUGAGUUAGUUUCUGUUUUGCCAGAGGGAACCCAUCAGCUAUCGACUGAUCACUUAUAUUGCCUAUGGGGGGCAACAACCAAUGGGCUACUGGUGCUGCCAGAGGAUUAAAAGAUAACAGAUAUCCUGGCUAAGUCCAUGUUUUCCGUCAUUGUUUACAGUCCAACUAGAAAGCUGAGACAGGACAACAGAGUCCAGAGACUCUGAACACUAAAACCAGACAGAUAACAGUUUAAAAACACUACUUUGUUGGAGAUAUUUGCUUGACAAAUGCAACCUUUGCUCUCUAUACGGACCUACAUGCCACCAAAGACCACUCAAACCUGACUGGUCAGUACUGCUCACACUACACGUUAAAUUGAGAAAGCUCCCACAACCGAUACUCAUACUGUGGCCGUGUGUAUUUUAUUUAAAUUCCUAUUUCGGAAAGUGAUUUGUUUAUAUUUAAGACCACUUCAAUAUGCAAAAGAGGAGAAGACCCACUGAAUUUAAAUAACAACUAUGACUGGCUGCACUGAGCACUGCUUCAAGGAAAUACACCAGUCCUUCCUGUUUAUUAAAAAAAUCUUUGUGGUCAAUUAGCGUCUAGUUUUUCAUGUUGAUAAGACAUACCAUUGGGUAAUUGACAUGUCUUAAACCUGCGUUUUGUUCUUUUUUUUAAGUUCUUUCUUAACUGGGCAUUGAUAUACAGACACGUUCUGAGAUGAUUCCGUCUGUACAGAUUGAAAAUAUGUAAAUGCAAGAAAUAUUACCCAAUCAUAAUUUUCAGAGGAAAUGGCAGCUGAAAAACUGAUGGUUUACUGUCAAGAAAAUACAACUGAUCAGUGCAACUGGUUGUCAAAAACAAAAUGAAUAAUAGGCAGCAGUAUAUUGACUAUAUCAUGCCUGCAAACUGCUCCAAGAACAAACCGAUUUUGCUUUCUUGUGACUUUCAGGAUUUCAAUCUGUCAUUUAGAACUCAUUGGAAAUUGCACGCAGGACAUUUGAGAAUAGCAAUUAUAUGUAUAAAAAUUAUUCUGUGUUUUGUAUUUGAUAUGGAGCCACGAAUAUAUAAUGGGAAAAAAAACAUGCAGAAUCACACCACUAUAGUCUUAAUAUUCAUGUUCAGUCACCAUAAACAUAAUACAAAGUAUACCAGUUUGUGACUAACAUCAGCAUCACAACAAUAUAUAAAUAGCUGAUGAUGACUUCAGGGUAUAUGCAAAAAGAAAUGUGGGUAAAUUGUAAUAUUUAACUUUCUGUAUAUAGUCAAAUAUCAUUGGUCUGCAUUAAUCAGUUGUAUGUUCCAGUUGUUUUGUAAUGAUAAUUUGUACACUUCUUAAUUUAUAUACUGAAAUUAAAAGUUCUGGUUUAAGUGGA